UGCUGCAAGCCCCCAGCCCAGUGCAGUAGUGGCCCAACUAUGAGCUGCGGAAGGAAGACACACAAAAGACCGCUGUCAAUGAAUUUAUUCAAGCCAACUCGUUAGCCAGAGAUUUGUUUGUUUUUUGUUUGUUUUUUUAUAACGACACACACACACACUUUUUUGGUUUCUGUGACACUCUUCUGGAUGCGUUCGUAGGAAAUCAUCAAAAUGGCUCUCGGUGAUAAAAAGGAUACCCUCACUCAUGAUAUUCACGAGAGUGUCAGAAAUGUACUUGGUAAACAUGUCAAAAUCACUGAGAGGAGAGCUGUACGCAUGGAAACCAAAGGGGAUAAAAUGGAAAACAGGAUUCUCGUUUUUACUCCAUGUCGACUAUUUGUAUUUACUCCUAAAAUUCCAACUAAAAUUGACUUUAAUCUCCACUACCUUGACUUGCAAUCCAUCGAGAGCAAGAAAUUAUCACAGCUCACCUUGUCUACUGUGGACAAGGUUUAUUCCUUCCAUACCCAAGAGGAGUUGAACCAAACUUCCGAUUCUCUGAUCACUGCCAUAGUCACAGCAAUUAGUGACUUAUUUCCAGGGAUUCCCAUUGAUCAAGUGGUACGACGUAUUGAAGUCAGCCCGGUCGGUAGGAUGGAAAACCUUUCCAAUCUCCUUCGCGGUUCCAGUAACGAUAGCGAAUUAAGCAUUCCAUGUGGAAACUUCUCUCGUCAAUAUGCUUGCAUGUGUGAUUAUUAUGGAUUGCCGUAUCGGGAAGAGGUUGCUUGGGAUGUGGACACGAUAUACAUGUCCCACAACUCGAAGGAGCUGAACCUUCGAGAUUUUGACCAUUUAGAUCCCAAGGAUUUAAUUCCUAUUAUCGCCGCUUUGGAGCUCAACUCCUUCUUCCUACAGUUCCGUUGCAGUCACUUGAAGCUGUCACACGAGUGCUCGGAACGUCUCUUAGCCGUCCUCAAGAAGUCAACCACUCUCGAAGAGAUUUAUGUUGACAAUGCUGGUUUCAAAGGGGAUUUCGCCAAUAAGCUAAGCAUGGCCAUCAUAUCGAAUUCAAACAGCUCACUGCACGGAAUCGACUUGUCGCACAAUCUCAUCGAAGAUCGUGGCAUUGCUAGCCUAUGCGGUUUCCUGGCCAAAGUUAGACAAGGCGCCACGCAUCUCAGCUCGUCACUGUCCAAAGCCCAUCGUGGUCUAGUGAAACUCUCGCUUUCCCACUGCGGGCUAACGGGAAAAGGCGUGGCUCAAAUAGGGCAUGCUCUUGUCCUCAACAAGUGCAUGGCCUCAUCCUUGCAACAUCUCGAUCUGAGCAGUAACGUCGCCAAAGAUGAUAUCAAUACGAUCUGCAGCUUUCUCGCCCAACCGAAUGUGCUGACAUUUUUGAAUUUAUCAAACACCGAUAUCGCACUUGAGCCGAUAUUUGGAGCACUAUUGCGUGGAGGAACGACUCAUCUGCGUCACCUCGAUUUGUCGAAAAAUUACUUUUCCACCAAAAAAGGCAAAGAGCUGCCACCCUCCUUUAAGCAGUAUUUCACUUCCGCUCUGGCGUUGCGUACUAUUAUCGUAUCCCACUGUAAGAUUACACCAGAGGCACUAAAGAAUCUUCUCCUUGGUCUGGCGUGCAAUGAAUCUAUCGACAAUGUCACAUUAGAUCUGAGCAACAAUAUAUUGGGCAAUGGGGGAUGUCACGUCCUUGAGUCAUGCAUUCACGGCGUCCGUUGCGUCUCGACUUUGGACAUUAGCGACAACGGGAUCGAUGUGGAAAUGGCUGGUGUCCUACUCUCGAUAAGCCGGAAUAAGUCCAUGAAAAAGCUUAUCCUCAACAAGAACUUUCAGAACAUGAAAUCGAAACAUGCCACGACCGUCAUUGAUGCUUUCGUACAUCUCUUGCAGGAAGAGGACUGUGUUAUCGAGGCAUUAUGUCUGGUCGAUUGCAAAUUAAAGAGCGAACUGUACAGUUUGAUCAACGCGGUCGGUAGCAAUCAGUCGCUGCAGCAUCUGGACCUAAACGGUAAUUACAUGGGUGACCCAGGCGCUCGUCUCCUUUCCAAAGCCUUACAGAUCAAUACGUCCCUAAGAGCGCUAUCGAUUGACCGGAAUAGCAUUACCGUCCACGGUUACAGUGAUAUCGCCUACGCACUGGAAAGUAACCGAACACUGAGGUGCCUAUCGUACCCGCUGCACGACAUCAUGGUAGCCGCUAAAACCGGCACCGACAAAGUCGACAUUCUUUGGAAGCAAAUACAAGAAGCACUACAGCGCAACAUGUCGCUGGUUGGUCCCUCGACCAACGGGCCUUCGACUUCUGUACGUUCAAUGCAAAAGAGCGAAACGUCGCAUAAUAAUUCUCAGAAUCAGCUGGUGGAUCGGCUUAUCAUGCAAGUGAACGAGGCCAUUCGUAGCCUCCAGAGACAGGGUAGCGAGGGCAGGAGCAGCGAUAUCGAAAAUGCUCGAAACCUUCUGUCUGACGCCCACUCGGCCAAGGAGCUUCUCGGAAAAUUAGUGUCGAGCGUUGAAGUAGCUCAGGAUAACAUAUCGUUGAGUUCGUCGAUGAAACCCAUGGUCGACGAAAUUCAGGCUCUGCUCACAUCUCAUCUGCAAAGCAUCGGGGACAAUUUGUGGCAUUGCGCCCUGCAGCACUGCAACACCGUUAUGAGCGACUCGGUCGCCACUGAACAGCUACGCAAAUCGAUCGAGAACCAAUCCCUUUUCCCCGUCAGUGUUAUCCAGAAGGCUGUGAUGGACAAUGCCACUCUGCAGUUGACUGAACAGUUCAAUGAGAUGUCAGCCGCACUCUGUCGGACGGUCUCUGACGGCGUUAUGGAUGAAGUGGUUCAGUCCUUGACUAACAUUUACAAAACCUUGGCUGGAGAUUCCAACUUACCCCUAGACUGUAAGAAACGCUCGUCCACGCCAGAUGUACUCAAAUCGCGAACACGAAUCAACACCGAAAUGAACGCCCAGGACGGCGGAGAUGAAUCAGAAGAUACCAUCAACAAUCAACAAUCGGAUCAUUCCCCAGUGUUGGAAUACCUCAAUCUCGCCACUCCAGUGGCCAGCAAACGAAGAAAUUUGCUGAGUCGAAAAUUGCGUCCGAAAUCGACGGUCGGCAUGGGACAAGGCGCCUCUGCCGAUGACAUUCCCGACCUGGUUCCACCGUUGAACGAGCAGCUGGGCAGCGGUCAUGAUGAUCCUGACGCCAACGAAGAAGAACCUGGAGUCAACGUGGACGAGUCUCAAGCCGAUGUGUCUAGAAAAUCGGCUCCCUUGAAACAUUUGGGCCUGAGUCGGCCAAAGAAACCCAAGACACGUUUGCCCACCCGAAGUGCCGCCCUGCGCGUCGGCGGCAACUCUGAAACGGCGUCGCAAGAAAGUCUCGACGUCGACGGGGAUCUUAGCCAAGGGCUUGACACAUUCUUUCACUCGACUACAAUGGCAACCACGACAGGUGGGAGCAGCGUAAGUUUAGGCAGUAGCCGGAUGCGAGGUAGUCUGGGCAGUGUCAGCAGCGCCGAGCUGGGUUCGCCCUCAUUAGAAAGCGUGUCGGCAGAGAGCAGCCCAAUGCAUCGUUCGGUGGCAGGUGACAAACCGAGUGACGAAACUGCUGGGAGCAGUAGCAGGGAGGAGCUCACUCUGGACGAGGACGCCGUCAAAUUAAAGGAGAAGGAAAAACGCAAGAGCGAAGAUGAUUUGUCUUCAGUGACUAGGGAGAAACGGAAAGAUUCUGGUCGUGGGAUGGGAGUUAGAUUGCUGUCUUCCAUAUUUGGGAAAAAUCCGAGUCCGUCACCAACGGGCGAUGGUUCGCCACCGCCAGCGCCGACCAAAUCUCCUGUGGCCAAAACCAAACUCUCAUCCAUGACCAAGGAGCCAGAAUCUGAACCGAAACUAGUUGAAGAUGAAACUGAACCUGCCGCACCCAAACGCUCAGCUGUUCCAUCCAAGUUGGGCAUUGGUGUCGGAGGCAACGUCUUGGCUGAAAUGAAAGCCAGGCAAGAGCGUCGAAUUUCCGGCAUACUGCACAAGCAGAACUCUGAGGAAUCGGAUUUUUCAGAACGGUCUGAAAAACCCGAGCCCAGUAAAGCCAACAGCCUGUCGCCGAAUCCGCUCGGAGGAAUCAGACUGCGUCCGACACCGCAUACGCCAGAAGAUCAGGAACCGCCGAAAUUGCCGGAAAGAAAUAAUGCUCGCUUUGUUCGGCCAACGGGACUGGAGGAAGUGGAGUCAGAGCGUAACAAAUCAACCAACCCGUUAACCGGCUUCCGGCUCCGUCACAGAGGCGGAGCGGAAGAAGCCGAGACGGCCAAGCUGGAAGACAAAUCGAAUGCGCUAAAUCAGAUUCGACUGAGAGCUACCAGCACGGUUGUCGACGAUUCACCUUCACCCGAUCCUACCAGUGACGCAAAGGCCAAUCCUCUGAGUGGCGUCCGGUUGCGUUCAACCGGAAUCAACGUGACAGAUCCGCUCAAGUCGCCCAAUAAUGGCGAUUCCAGUGCGGAAAUCAAGAGCGAAUCAAGGAACUCUUUGACGAAAUUAAAACCCCCGCCACUGGCACCCAAACCUCGACCUUGGUCCAUAGUCGGUUCCGACAAGAAAACAGAAGACACUGAUAUUUCUGAUGCCGCAAAAGAAAAUGACGCUAAAGAAGCUGUCAAGCCGAGCAAAGUUCGGGCUAUGGCGGCGGCAGUCAACUUUAAUAAUUCAAAUUCUGAUGUUGUCCGCCGUAGCAACAAACAUUCUCAUGAGGAACCGGACGGACUUCCAGCUGAGUUCUCGGAGCCCAAGGAUGGUGCAGCAGUUGAUCAAGUAGAUGGGCCAGAUUCUCUGAGUUCCAUCGGGUUCCUCAACCAACAGGCUACGCUUCCACAGCAACAGCAGCAGCAGCCUUUGAUUUCCCAGCAAUCCCCAGCGUCUUUAAUUUUAAACAACUUUUCCCUUGAAGAUGCCGUCGACGUGUAAGGCAAUCAAUUUAACGUGACGGUGGACCAUGCAAUCAAUAGGUCGACUGCUUUGCCAAUUGAUAAAUGUCGGCCCCCGUUGCUGUGAUCUGUCUUCGUACAGUAUAUAUCCCGCAUUCAUAUUUUAAUCUAUAUAUCAGUCGUAUUUGUCGAAGUUUUUUUUUCAGUCGCGAGAUUUAUUCAUCAUUCUUAGAUUCUCUUAUCUUCCUUUAUAAGCCAAGUCGAUACAUCGAUUCAAAUUCCAACCUGCCGCCAUGAUAAAACAUUUCGUAUUACUUGACGAAAGUAUCGAUUAUAUUGAAAAUGAGUGCACAAUGAUUCGACAUACCAUUGUCCACCGUAAAUAAUUUUCCUCUCCAACAUGUUUAUUCUUUUUAUUUUCGUUUAUAUCUUGACUGUGUCAUAUCGUCUUGUCUUUUUUUCCCCGUUUCUGUGACCUUUUUCCCCAGGGAAUUUCUUUUUAAAACAAACUUGUUUAUUUUAACAUCGUGUAAUGAUUGCAUACACAUCAGAGUCAUUGUCUUA